AAAAAGCUAAGCGGCUUUGGAUAUUUGUUUUGAUAAAGACAACAUAGCCCUGGGGUUGCGGAACAUGGAGGAAGGGUCCGGUGAAGGUGACAUGUUUACCGUUGAGCACGAGCUGAAGAACGCACCUUGCUUAUAACCAACGAUCUCUUGGGCCAUGAAGGUUGAGAAUUUCCUGUAUUCAUAACAAUACUCUGGUUCUAUGGCUGAUUGACACCCGUGAGACAUCCAUGGACUCUGCUUGAAGCUAACUUAACGGGACAUGCUGAAAAAGUUGGGAUUGAAAACUUUGAACUAUUAAAGGUCCUUGGAACUGGGGCUUAUGGAAAAGUGUUUCUUGUAAGAAAAAUCAGUGGCCAUGACACCGGAAAGCUUUUUGCCAUGAAGGUUCUGAAAAAGGCAACAAUAGUUCAAAAAGCAAAGACUGCAGAGCACACCAGGACAGAGCGUCAAGUGUUGGAGCAUAUUCGACAAUCACCUUUCCUUGUCACAUUACAUUAUGCUUUCCAGACAGAUACAAAACUCCACCUUAUUUUAGACUAUGUGAAUGGAGGGGAAUUAUUCACUCACUUGUCACAAAGAGAACGUUUCACAGAGAAUGCAGUGAGAAUAUACAGUGGGGAGAUAGUGCUGGCACUGGAACAUCUACACAAGCUUGGAAUUAUAUAUCGAGAUAUUAAAUUGGAGAAUAUACUUCUUGACAGUAACGGGCAUGUGGUUCUGACAGAUUUUGGACUUAGUAAGGAGUUUCUAAUUGACGAAAAUGAGCGAGCAUACUCUUUUUGUGGAACCAUAGAAUACAUGGCUCCUGAAAUUGUGCAAGGAGGUGAUGCAGGACAUGAUAAGGCUGUAGAUUGGUGGAGCCUUGGGGUGCUGAUGUAUGAGCUAAAAACUGGAGCAUCGCCCUUUACUGUCGAUGGAGAAAAAAAUUCACAAGCCGAGAUUUCAAAGAGAAUUCUAAAAAGUGAUCCUCCUUAUCCCCCAGAAAUUGGUCCUUUAGCAAAAGACAUAAUGAAGAAACUGCUCGUUAAAGACCCCAAAAAAAGGUUGGGUUCUGGUCCAGGAGGUGCUGAGGAAAUUAAAUCUCACCCCUUCUUUCAGAAAAUAAACUGGGAUGAGUUAGCUGCCAAAAACAUUGAAGCCCCGUUUAAACCAGUCAUCAGGGACGAGUUGGAUGUCAGCAAUUUUGCAGAAGAAUUCACAGAAAUGGAUCCCACAUAUUCGCCCGCAGCGUUGCCUCAGAACUCAGAUAGGAUCUUUCAGGGCUAUUCUUUCAUUGCUCCAUCCAUUCUCUUCAAGCGUAACGCUGUGAUGACUGAUCCCAUUCAACUUCAUAUUGGAGUGGAUCGCCCUGGUAGUACUGCCAUUGCACGGAGUGCUAUGAUGAAGGAUUCUCCGUUUUAUCAGCACUAUGAUCUUGAUCUGAAAGACAGUUCACUUGGAGAAGGAAGUUUCUCCAUCUGUAGAAGGUGUCGGAAUAAGAAAACUGGGCAGGAGUUUGCAGUGAAAAUUGUCAGCAAAAGAAUGGAAGUGAACACUCAAAGGGAGAUAGCAGCUCUGAAACUCUGUGAAGGACACCCGAACAUUGUAAAACUGCAUGAUGUUUACCAUGAUCAGCUACACACAUUUUUGGUAAUGGAGCUACUGAAAGGGGGGGAGCUGCUGGAAAGAAUUCGAAAGAAAAAACACUUCAGUGAAACAGAAGCCAGUUACAUAAUGCGCAAGCUGGUUUCUGCUGUCAGUCACAUGCACGAUGUCGGAGUUGUCCACAGGGAUUUGAAGCCUGAGAACUUGCUGUACGCUGACGAAAGUGACAGCACAGAAAUUAAAAUCAUAGACUUCGGUUUUGCACGCUUGAAACCUCCUGAUAAUCAGCCACUGAAGACUCCAUGUUUCACACUGCAUUAUGCAGCUCCUGAACUGCUGAAGGAUGAUGGUUACGACGAAUCUUGUGAUCUGUGGAGUUUGGGUGUCAUCUUGUACACCAUGUUAUCAGGCAAAGUUCCCUUCCAGUGUGAAGAACAGACAUUGACUUCCACAAGUGCAGAAGAAAUCAUGAAAAAGAUAAAGCAAGGGGACUUCUCAUUCGAAGGGGAAGCCUGGAGAAGCGUCUCGCAAGAGGCCAAGGAGCUCAUACAAGGACUCUUAACUGUUGAUCCAAACAAACGGAUUAAAAUGUCGAGCCUACGUUUCAAUGAAUGGCUUCAGGAUGGCAGUCAGUUGUCAUCCAACCCACUGAUGACUCCAGACAUUCUUGGUUCUACUGGACUUUCUGUCCACACCUACGUCAAAGCAACCUUUCACGCCUUCAACAAGUGCAAGAGGGAGGGCUUUUGCCUUCAGAAUGUGGACAAGGCACCCCUGGCGAAAAGGCGCAAAAUGAAGAAAACUAGCACCAGCACUGAGACGCGGAGCAGCUCCAGUGAAAGUUCCCAUUCCUCCUCUUCCCAGUCCCAAGGCAAGACCACUCCCACCCCAAUGAUGCAGCCCAGCAACCCAGUGGACAGCAAUAACACAGACAGUAUCUUCCAGUUCUCUGAUUAAGCUGCUACAGUCCCUCUUUCACAAUUUAAAAAAAAAAUCAUGUUUUAAUCAUCCGUAUAACCCUUUGAAGACCACAUGCCAUUUUUAAAUGCAUUCCUCCAUAGUAUCUUGUGACAUUUAUUUAUGUUGUGUAUAUGUAGAUAGUCCUGCAUUGUCCUACAAGGUUGAUUGACCCAGUUUUCUCUGGGGAAUCCAGAGCUAGGGGGUCAUUAAGUACAAGAUCCAAAUAAUGAAUUCAAUAAUGAAAUUCAGGAGAAACGUCUUUACCCAAAGAGUGUCAAGAAUGGUGAACGUGCUACCUCAUGUAAUUGUUGGAAUGAAUAGAGUAGUUGUGAUUAAGGGCAAAAUAACUAAAUACAUGAGGAAGAACAGAACAAAAGGCCCAUACUGACAGGGUGAAGUAGGGCAGGAGGAGGCUCUGAGAGAGCAUGAAAGCAACAUGGACCACUUGGGCCUGUGGCCUGUUCCUGUGCUGUAAUUUCUGUAUGUAAUAUUCUGUAUAUUGGAACAGGGACUGAUUUUUAAAAGAUUCAAAAAUAGAUGUACUGCAGAGAGUGAAACUCUGUGCCUGGCAUUCAAAGGGCUUUUAGUUCUUUACUCUGUGUAUUUUUUGUGUGAAAGAAUGGCUGCAGUAUGCAAACAUCUAUGAGGUGUAUUUUUCAAAGAACAUAUCUCUGUUGUACAGGCCUGAAAGGAUUGAAGGUAAGAUGAAAGCGCGGUGUUUACUAACUUACCUUUAUCUAAAAGACUGUAUCGAUGACAGAUUUGCUGUAUAAAUAGAUCUAUUGAUGUACAUAAAAUAUGCAACAGAGGUAGGCAGAGGAUUCAGAUUUCUCAGAUUAUUUGCUAGACUGUUUACAGCUGCCACUUGGUGUUAAUUCUUUUCCAGACACUUUGAUAUUCCUGCUCUGUCUGUUGGAGUAUUGGAAUCACUCUCAGUUGUCUUUCCUGCAUUUCCUCUCUCAGUAUCAAAGCACCCAGCAGCCUGAUGUGUUUUGGUGCAAACUUAGCAGGUUUAUCUUAGACACAAGAGAUUUUCCAGAUGGUGGAAAUCCAGAACAACACAUGCACAAAAUGCUGGAGGAACUCAGCAAGUUAGGUAGCAUCUGUGGGGAGGAAUAAACAGUCUUGAACCGUCUUGGCCUGAAACAUUGAGUUUCUAUAUAUAGCUGUUGCUGGACCUGCUAGCAUUUUGUGUGAGUGCUAAGGAUUUCCAGAAUCUGCAGAAUCUCUCAUGUUUAUGAUUUGCUGCUCCACUGUGAAUUCUCUUCAAGGUACACCUACCCUGAAGAAGUUUAAAUAUUCUCUUUGAUGGGAGUUCAUUAAGACUGUCUCACUGCUCCCCUUCAAGGUCUCUGCUAAACCUUCAACUAUGAGCUCAGACUCGCUCACCUAACGCUGCCAACUUGUACUCUUUCCCCUCCCCCCAGCUUCUCUUUCUCACUUCUUCUCCUUUCCUUUCCAGUCCUAACGAAGGGUCUCGGCCUGAAAUGUCAACUUUUUAUUCAAUUCCAUAAAUGCAGCCUGACCUGCUGAGUUCCUCCAGCAUUUUGUGUGUAGCAGGUUUAUCUCCCUGCUUUCUUGGUGCUUGGUGCUGUUUGUCUCCUGGCAAUCUGAGAAGAAAUUUAUAUUCCCAGCAGGGUUGGGAGAUUUUAUUUUAAUUGUUCACCUUCAAAAUAAACCCUUGUUGUUAUGUUACUAACUAUGAACACUGCAGGAGUGUAAAGUGUGUGAACCAUUUGAGAAAUCUGAGUCCUAAGGUGACUUUUAUUUAUGCUGUUUUAUUUGUUAGAGUGGGUGGGUGGGUACCAUUUGGUAAGUUGCUUAUAUAGUGAAGCAAUGGCUUUUUGAUAGAAAUGUUUGGCUUCUGUUGCCAAAUGCUUUGUUAUAAAUGUAUUAUUUGGCAUGUAAUCUGUUUAUUUCUUGCAUGAGCAAUAAUCUUGUAGCAAACCUGUUAGUACAAGUUUUUAAAAAGUUUGUGUUCCAGCCAUUAAUUUCUCUACUGCUGUCUCGCAGCCAACAGCUUGUCUUGCUUGGUAAUUGUGUUCAUGAAUGACCAAUAGUUAGAUAGUUGAGUGAUGCAGACUCUGCUCUUGCUAAUAUAAAUAAUCUGUGCUGCAUUGUUGCACGGAAAAUUUACGCACUAUUUGUACUGCAGGGACCCUUAUGAUGUGAAGUCCCCUGUUGGAUGAAAGUGUAUAUUAUUUUUAAGUACAUCUGCAGGUAAACUGCAGCUCAGUCAUUUUAGCAAAAACUCAGUGAAGAUUAUCCAUAGGAAUUCAGGUGAAUAGAAUGAUAGAUGCUCAACCUGCCCCACAGUAGUUGCAGGUGAGAGUCACAGAUUCUAUGCACAACAAGCAACAGGCUUCCAAAAACUUGCCACAUUUUCCAACUUCUGGAGCAACACCACAUAUUCUGUUUGGGUAGCCUCCAACUUAAUGACGUGAACAUUGAUUUCUCCCACUUCCAAUAAUUUCUCCUUUCCCCUGACCCCAUCUCUUUUUCCAUUCUGGCUCCCCUCUUAUCCCUUCUCUACUCUUCACUGCCUAUCACUUGCCUCUGGUGCUAUUCCUCCUUCCCUUUCUUCCAUGGUCCUUUGUCUUCUCCUGUCCAAUUCCUCCUCUUUCAGCUCUUUACCUUUUCCACAUCUUACCUCCUAGCUUCUCACUUUAUCCCCCUCCCUAACCAAAGCACCUAACCCCUCAGCUGGUCUCAUCUAUCACCCGCCAGUUUGUACUCCUUCUCCUCCCCCCACCUACCUAUUCUGACUUCUGCCUUCUUCCUUUCCAGUCCUAAUGAGUAGUCUCUGCCUGAAAGAUGGACUGUUUAUUCAUCUCCAUAGACACUGCCUGACUUGCUGUGUUCUUCCAGCAUUUUGUCUUUGUUACUCUAGAUUUCUAGCAUCUACAAAAUCCUUGUGUUCAGGAAGCUGAUUCCCAUCUUUGACUUUCGCUAAUGCCUUUUACACUCUCUAAUGAAAUAUAAAUUGCAAUAUAAGCAGAAUGCUGCAGAAGGAAACCUGAAAUGAAAAUAGUGCAUGCUAAAAUGCACAUCUACUCUGCAAAGAACACAACAGUUAUUUUUCUCCCCUCCACAUAUUCCACCAACUUGCCUGUUUCCAGCACUUGCUGUUUUCAUUUUCUCUAAAAAAAAAUGCUGGAGGAACUCAGCAGGUCAGGCAGCAUCUAUGGAAAGAAAUAAACGUUUCGGGCUUUAUGAACUGCUGAGUCCCAUCAGCAUUCUGUGUGCGUUGCUCAAGACUUCCAGCAUCUGCAGUCUCUUGUGUGCAUCUAAAGUUUUCUUUAUCAGUCAUGGAGGCACAGAGGAACAUCUGACUUUUAGCCUAUGUCAGUUUUGAUCUGAUCUGAUCUGUGACCGAGUACAAAAUAAUUUUCAAAUAACCUUGGGGUUUGAGUUUUUAGAAGUCUGUUGUCUCUGAUUUCUUUCGUGUGAAUAGGAAACUUUUCGAAGUAUGAUACCUUACUGAAAAGGAAAUGUUAUCAUUGUGAUCUACAUGACCAAAAGCAAGGGCCAUAAUUUUUCGUACCAAUGCAAUCUUGCCCACCGGUCAUAUUUAAACAAUGUAUCUCUGUGCUUGAGGGAUUGCUUUGAGUGAAGACUACCUGUAUUUAUCUGUAUCUCUGCUUGGUUAUCAGCUUAAGGAACAAUGAAGGCCAGAGAGAGCAGAUGGGCCUGGGUUCUGGAUCGCCCUAUUACAAUUGUUCCUGUGCUUAUUUUACCAGUGGGGACUUGCAGUUGAAACUUCCUGGGAAGAUCAGGGCAUAAAACACAGGCAGAUAUCUUAUUCCUCAGCAACCCCCUCAUCCAAUCUGUCAUUGUACUGAAUAGGACUUUACAAAAAACACCAUUACAGCUGUCCUGUCCUUUGAAUGUCAGUGUCGUGCAAAGCUCAAAGUUUGUGAAGUUGAUUAAUGUUUGCUCUAGUGGAACACUUAUUAAAAAUACAAUGGAGAAAACAAAAUAUCCUUCAGUCCAAGUAACUCUGAGGCUAUGGUGCCAUUAACAUAAAUUAUUAAUGUAGACAUACUGCUACAUUACUCAUCUAAAUUCAAGACACUGUCCAGAGAUGGAGCUUUGUAAGUGAUGGGAGGAGUGUCUCAACGGACAUAUCUGAAUGAUCAUUGAUAUGUGUAUGGCAAAAUCUCACUAAAGGUCAUUGAAGUGGAUUAUAUCCAAAGAUUUCUUCACGUAACAUGCCACAUCACUUUUGAUGCCAAAGUUUUCCCAGGAAGUUUUCAACCAUUUUAAUUAUAUUUUAUUUACUGUUACUGGGUAUGUUGCACUGGGUGUAUUAUGAAUCUGUUAACCAUGUAUGCCUGGACAGUAUCUGAGGGAAGUUCUUAAAAAUGUAUUUUUUUAAUGUUAGUAUGAGUUUUCUCAGCAUGGGGAUUACUAAAUUACUCCACACCCUUAAGAGUACAUGGUGUGCUUUAAGUGGGUGUCGACCAUUGCAUCUCUAAAUGUUUGGUGCACGGUCCAGGCUGAAUUGUGCAGUCUCUUUUUAGAGGCUUCUUUCAUUAUAAUCUUGCCAUCGUUUUUUGGGACUUUGUAAAUAUUAAGAUGUUGAACAGAUUGCAUUGUUAAUUUCUUUAUGCAUCCAGGUUCAAUACGACCAGUAGUUUUAAAGAGCUACAGGCUUCUCUUCAGUCUAGGUGAAACAUACUCUACAGAGCUGUACACAAUACACAGUGCAAAACUAUUCAAAACCUCUUCUCCUCCAAGUCUUUAUACUUAAGGGAGUUGGGCUUAUAUGUUUAAACAAAAUCAUACUGAACAUGAAUUUUUGCAUAUAGUUUUUAACCCUGUAUAAUAUUGACUUUUACAAAGCUUGAUUAAAAGUAGAAUAUUGUUCUUACAGGGGAACUGCCGUAAUAUAUUUAUUGAUUAUUUAAUGAGGAAAAUGAGUAAAGUAUUGAUAAGUUUAUUAUAGCUUUCUAGCGACUUGUACAAAGUUUUUAAAAGUUGAAAGCAUUAUUCAGGUGAGCCUGUGAAAGCUUUUAAGACUUUUUAGAACAUUAAAGUCAAAUUGUUUUAAAUGCAACUUCUUAAAAGGAGGUUGGCAAAUAUUCAUUGUAUUUUUUAAAAAGAAAAAUUAUUUGUGGAUUUAUUGUGUGUGUUGAGGACAACUGUCCAUUGUACAAAUGUGCUAUGAGAUUGAUGCAAUUUAAUUCAGAACAUUUCAAUGACUAACAUUGCAAGUCUGUGAGGGCAUCUUGCUCCACAAUAAUGAUUACACUUUAUUGACACUUACAGGAAAAUAGCAUUUUGCUUUGCCAUAAAUUUAGGUAUUCUUUGUUGUCUUAAGGAAUAGAACAAUUUGUACAGCAAAUGUGAUCGAACCAUCUCAAGGAUACAGUUCUGGUGCAUAUCUGUCCACUUAUCCCAUAACAGAUGUGCCUGAUCCCUGCAGGAGUAAUCAUACUGAACCCCUCCAUUCUACACUGCCCUUCUUAACCCCGGUAAUGACAUGUUAGUAACACCACCUCAGCACCAGCGAUCUGGGUUCAAAUCCACCUCUCCCCAUAAAGACAUUGUAUGUUCUCCUGUGACUGCAUGCAUUUCCUCUGGGUGUUCCAGUUUCCUCCCAUAUUCCAAAGAUGGUGCCUGCUUGCUGCAGGCUUCAUCCUCACCAGUCGAAUUACAGGACUGCAGUCGGAUGAAAAGUGUACAUAGUUCCACUGUAACUGAAAUAAAACUUGUAGAUUCUAGGAAUCUGAAACAAAAAUUCUGCCAAAAAUGAAGUCCCAAUGAAAGGUCAUUCACCUAAAAUAUUGACUGUUUCUAUCUUUGCAAAUACUGCCUAACCUGCUGAAUGUUUCCAGUCUCUGCAAAGCCCAUGUAGAAACACUCCACAGGUUAACCAGGUAAACUAGAUAAGUGCAACCACGGAACAUUUUGUUGAAACUAAUUGAUGCAUUAGUUUUCAGUGACAGCAUUGUUCAGUUGACAAUAAAUAGAGUAAAGAUCGAGUUCAUUGUCAUCUGCACAGUACGUAUGUACACAGGUACAAUUAAAAACUUAACAGCAGCAUAACAGGCACAUAGCAUCAGAAAAACAGCUCUCACAAGAAAAAAAUAAACAAAUUAUACUCAGUUUUUACAAGAAGGAACAUGCCAAACCCCCUUAACCUUCUGAGAAAAUAUAGACACAGAAUCACUUUCCAUAUGAUUGCAAAGAGAAAUAGUAGCAAAGUUACUCUAGUGUAAUAUUAACAUCCCGUCAUUGCAACCCCCACCCUCCACCCCAAUCUCAAGUACAGAGUAACAAACUGUUUAAAAUAAAAAUGGAAAACGCUGGAAGCAUUAGGGAUAGAGAAGCCAGAAAUGACUUUUCAACUUGAUGACCUUUCAACAGAACAUAUUUAAAUUUGCCAACAACCACCUUUGUUGUGUUAGGUAAAUGUUAACCAUCAAAAUUUAAAAUGUUACUGCUAUGAGUGCCGUUAGUCUGAUAUCCCCUGGGUGUAAACAUUAGUAUUAAAACAAGCCGCAGGGCACAUUACCAGCGUUAAUGUGUUACAAUUCCUACAUUAUCUCCCCCAUUAAAAUAACACAGUAUCUUGGUUUACAUAGAAUGUACAGAAACAGGCCAUUCACAUUGGUAACACAUUCAGAGGAUGGCAAGAGGAAAGCCAGAAUGCUCAGUGUGUUACCUAAGGGUUGGCUGAUUGGCAGGAAACAGAGAGUGGGAAUAAAGGGAUCCCAUUCUGGUUGGCUGCCGGUUACCGGUGGUGUUCCACAGGGGUCCGUGUUGGGGCAGCUUCUUUUUACUUUGUACAUCAACAAUUUGGAUUAUGGAAUAGAUGGCUUUGUGGCUAAGUUUGCUGAUGAUACAAAGAUAGGUGGAGGGGCUAGUAGUGCUGAGGAAACAGAGAGACUGCAGAGAGACUUGGAUAGAUUGGAAGAAUGGGCAGAGAAGUGGCAAAUGAAAUACAAUGUUGGAAAGUGUAUGGUUAUGCACUUUGGUAGAAGAAAUAAACAGGCAGACUAUUAUUUAAAUAGGGAGAGAAUUCAAAGUUCUGAGAUGCAACGGGACUUGGGAGUCCUCGUGCAGGAUACCCUUAAGGCUAACCUCCAGGUUGAGUUGGUGGUGAAGAAGGCGAAUGCAAUGUUGGCAUUCAUUUCUAGAGGAAUAGAGUAUAGGAGCAGGGAUGUGAUGUUGAGGCUCUAUAAGGCACUUGUAAGACCUCACUUGGAGUACUGUGUGCAGUUUUAGGCUCCUUAUAGUCAUAGUCAUUGUCAUAGUCAUACUUUAUUGAUCCCGGGGGAAAUUGGUUUUCGUUACAGUUGCACCAUAAAUAAUAAAUAGUAAUAGAACCAUAAAUAGUAAUAUGUAAAUUAUGCCAGUAAAUGAUGAAAUAAGUCCAGGACCAGCCUAUUGACUGAGGGUGUCUGACCCUCCAAGGGAGGAGUUGUAAAGUUUGAUGGCCACAGGCAGGAAUGACUUCCUAUGACGCUCUGUGCUGCAUCUCGGUGGAAUUUAAGAAAGGAUGUGCUGACGUUGGAGAGGGUUCAGAGAAGAUUCACUAGAAUGAUUCCGAGAAUGAGAGGGUUAACAUUAUGAGGAACGUUUGUCCGCUCUUGGACUGUAUUCCUUGGAGUUUAGAAGAAUGAGGGGAGACCUCAUAGAAACAUUUCGAAUGUUGAAAGGCAUGGACAGAGUGGAUGUGGCAAAGUUGUUUCUCAUGAUGGGGAAGUCUAGUACAAGAGGGCAUGACUUAAGGAUUGAAGGGUGCCCAUUCAGAACAGAGAUGCGAAGGAAUUUUUUCAGCCAGAGGAAUCUGUGGAAUUUGUUCCACAGGCAGCAGUGAAGGUCAAGUCAUUGGGUGUAUUUAAGGCAGAGAUUGAUAGGUAUCUGAGUAGCCAGGGCAUCAAAGAUUAUGGUGAGAAGCUGGGGGAGUGGGACUAAAUGGGAGAUUGGAUCAGCAACAUGAUAGAAUGGUGGAGCAGACUUGAUGGGCCGAAUGGCUGACUUCUGCUCCUUUGUCUUAUGGUCUUAUGGGCUGUACCAGUGUUUAUUACACCACACAACCAUCCUGUCAACACCUGUCAGCUCAUCUUUUAUUAUAUCCUUUUGUUCCUUUCUCCCUUGUCCUUUUUAGAGCAUAGAACAUUACAACACAGUACAGACCUUUUGGCCUAUGAUGUUGUGCUGUCCUUUUAACCUACUCUAAGAUCUAACUCUUCUCUUCUACAUAUUCCUCCAUUUUUUUUAUCAUCCAUGUGCCUGUCUAAGAGUUUUUAAAAUGUCUUAAUGUAUCUGCCUCUACCGCCAUCCACACACUCACCACUCUCUGUGUAAAGAACUUAGCUCUGACAUCCCCCUUAUGCUUUCUUCCAAUCUGCUUAAAACUGUGCCAUUUCCACAUUGGGAAGAAGUCUCUGACUUUUUUAGUUCUACUUUUUUUUAUAUUUCAUUACCACAUAGGAGGCCAUUUGUCCUGUUAAGUCCAUGCCAAUUCACAGAGCAAUCCCAGUGCUCACUGAAUGUCCCUGUAUUCUCCGUACAUUCCCAUCAAUCCCAGCACUCCACGUGCACCAGGGGCUGCCAGUUGACCUACCCACUGACAUAUCUCUAGGAUGUGGGAGCAAACUUGAGCACCUCAAGAAGGCACACAUGCUCACAACUCCAUCCAGUGCAAACUCCAUACACAGGUUGGAAUUGGACCUUGAUCUAUAGCACUGUGAAAAUGCAACUCUGCUCGCUGUCUCAAUGUGCCACACCAACUUCCAAGUUCUCCUCACUCUCUGAAUCAAGAAACUUUUUUCCAAUAAUAGGGCAAAUGAGGGCUAUGGGGGAAAAGGCAGGUAAUUAUAGGUGAGUCCAUGGCCAGAUCAGCCAUGAUCUUAUUGAAUGGCAGAGCAAGCCUGACGGGCUGAUUCCUGCUCAUAUUUCUUAUGUUCUUAAACUUGUACUGAAUUCCCUGCUGGCUUGCUAAGUGUCAGUCUCUCGUUUACUGUGUCUUGUUUUGGGUUCCCCUGAGGCUGACAUUAAGUAGACACGUGCCUGAGUAGACCUCUUUGUGAUAUUAAAGAGAACACAAAAUCAGCUCCCAGGAAGACUUGUCAAUCUGAUCCCAAUUCCCUGUCGCUUCCCUGCCAUCCAGCAGGAGGUGAACUGUUUCUCCCUAGCCCCACCAAGCACAUUCUAGAUUGUGUCAAAUAAAAUACAUCUGUCAUGUCACUGCUUGAAUAUAUUGGCAGGUUCUUGUGCUGUGAGUGUACUGCCACCUGACUAAUGGAAAGUUUGCCAACCAGCUUGGUGCUGUUUUCUGUGUUGUCCACGGAUCUGUAAUGGAUGUAACAUCAGAAUCUGUCUGCUUACAUCUCCUGCUGGCUUCAUACCAUUUCUACUUCCCAGCAGUUUAUACUGGAAAUUGUUGAGAGCCUGAGUUACAGGGAAGAAGUAUUUCACAGUAAACAUAGUGCAAAGGCCAGAUUGCCUCUCCCAGUUGUUAAACCAGGCUCAACAGCAACUUGAAAUGUACAGAGGAAAUUGCAAUAAGCAAUCACCAAUAUUUGGCAACAGGUUUAAAGGAACUAUGGCCCUUCCCAGAAAUCACACCUAAUAAACUUUUAACUCAAGGAUUAACUAGUUUAACUCAAGGCCAUUUUUUACUUAAAUAUUUUAACUCAAGGAUUUAUUAGCAUUUAGUUUUCACUCUUCUAGCUUUUAAGUUGAGCAGGGAGAGAUUUAAUAGAAACCCAAGGAGCAACUUUUUCACCCAGAAGAUAUAGAAUGAGCUACCAGAGGAUGUGGUGGAGACAGGUACAUUAACAACAUUUAAAAGGCACACAAGUAGGAAAGGAGGAUAUGGGCCAAACACUGGCAAAUGGGACUAGCUCAGAUAGGAAUCUUGCUCAUCAUGGACUAGUUGGGCCGAAGGGCCUAUUUCUGUGUUCUAUAAUUCUAUGGCUGGUAGAUGCUAACCAUGGAGCUGAAGAUGUAUCUAUGCCAGGUUACACAAGCCUGUUUAAGAAGCUAGGGCUUUAUAAUAUGGAACCAGAGAUCACCAGAACAACUCAGAGUGGAUCUUGCUAGUAAUCGAGUGGCAGAGGAGCUCACUGGUUGAAUUUUCAUUCAUUUCUGACAACGUCUUGGUACAAACUAGGAAAGGCUGUGAAAUCCAAGAAACAGGCAGCAUUUGUAGAAAGCGCAGAAUAGUUUGUAGAGUAUUCAGGAAAAAGGUUGGAGCUGGGAGGAUAAUCUGUGCAUUUUGCUCACUUUGUGUAUACCAAGCACCAGUCACACCUGGAGUCCCUUCACAAUCGAGGCCAAAUACUAAAUCCAGUAUUUAGUUACAUCACAGCAGUUGUAGAAUAGAUCCCUGUUACUUUUCAUAUUUGUACACAUUUGACCUUUUCUGUUUCUUGUUCCCCACAUGGGUGGAAUAAUUUCUAAUGUAAGUUCUCUGCAUUAACAGUAAACUUUACAGUGAUACAGUACCUACUCACAUGAGCAUUGUUACUUUGUACAGAGAGGGCAUCUAGUUGAGAAAAGCAGUUAAUGGGAUCCCAUUAAUCACGGAUGAUCACUUGUACAAACCAGAUGGAACCCUGGUCAAUUAAAUUUUUUAUAGGUAUCUGUUAGUCUUGUGAGACCAUGGAUUUGCACCUUGGAAGACUGGCGGUUGCCCAUGCUGCAAGUCUCCCCUCUCCAUGCCACCGAUGUUGUCCAAGGGAAGGGCACUAGGGCUGAUACAACUUGGCACCAGUGCCGUUGCAGAGCAAUGUGUGGUUAACUGCCUUGCUCAAGGACACAACAUGCUGUCUCAGCAGAGGCUCGAACUAGCGACCUUCAGAUCACGAGACCAAUGCCUUAACCACUUGGCCAUGCGCCAACACAUCCUGGUCAUUUACUUUUUAAAAAAUAGAGUUAUAUUUAAGUAAGUAAUGUUUCUCAAAGUUAAUGAAAAAUAUAACCCCAUCUUUCACAUUGCAAUUAAAUUAAGGAGUGUUAACCAUUUGGGAGACUUGAUGAAGUCUGACACAUUACAUCUUUUUAAUCCGAUCUGCCUAUAGUUUACAUCUAACCAUUUACAUUCUGCCCCAUUUUCCAAAGUAUUUGCUAGGUAAUUCCAUGAAUUUGUCCGUUUACUUUCAGUGUGUAAAGGAUUUAAACACCUUUGUGUAUGGAAAAAAUGCAGUAUCUCUUGACACUCGAGAUAGGAUCUUAAAUUGUAACUUUACAAAAUGCUGCUUAGGUACCUCCUGGAGAAUAGUGUCCAUUUUUGGUCGCCUAGCUAUAGGAAGGAUGUGACUGCAUAGGAGAGAGUGCAGAUGAUAUUCACCAGGAUGUUUCCUAGAUUAAAAGAUUUUAGUAAUGGUGAGAGAUUGGAUAAAAUUGGCAUGUUUUUCAUUGAGUGAAGGAGGCUGAGAGGUAAGUUGGUAGAGAUUCAUAAAAUGAUAAGAAGCAUAGAUUGAGUAGACAGUAGAAUCCUUUUCCUUGCUGGAGUAUUAGAAACAAGAAGGGAUAGGUUUAAGGUGCGGGUUUAAGUGGUUUUAAGAGGUUAAAGUACUGUAGAUGUAUGUGGAUGAGAGGGAGGAACAGGACUUGUUUCUGCUGUUGUUGUUUGUUGCUUGUUGUGUUCUGUGUUGUUUUGCAGAGCAUUAUGGCCAUGCUAUGUUGGCACUGGAAUGUGUGGUGACACUUGCUCACCCUCUGAAGUAUUAGUUAAUGCAAAUGACGCAGCUUUAAUGCAUGCUUCGAUGUAAACUUGAAUCUUAAAUCUUGAGAGGAAGGAGUUUUAAAGAGUUUAUGCAAUACAGGCUAGCAAUGUAUCCAAUAAAGUGUUUUUUUCACACAGAGUGGUUGUUAGCUGGAUCUCACUGUUAGAGGAGGUAGUAGAAUCAGAUACAAUCGGUAUACAGACCAACCCCAGUAGGUACAGUCCCAAUGCAGGCCGAUGCAAAUGGUGUCAAUGGACAAACAAGAUUGGUUUAAAUGUAGUUGGUCACAGCAAUUUACACACCAAAUGCCACAUUCCCAGAGACCUCCUGCAAACACCAGUAUACUCUUAUGGAGUACAAAAUAGAAGGAAUUCAAUCAGAUUUUAAUGUAAGAUUAUCUCCGAUUCACCUCAACAAAAAAAACUGUAUUUAUUCAUACAGUAACAGGAAACACCUUGCAUUUCUUUAACAACCUCAGGCCAGCUGGAAAUGCUUUAUAACCAAAUGAGGUGUAAUCAUUAUUGUAAGGAACAGGGCAGUAGUGCAUCGAGAGGCAGGUGAACUUGUUUGGUGAAGUUUUUUUUUGUGAAGUUUAAGGGUUCAAUAUAACUAAUUCUUCAAAGUAUUGCAAUGGGAUUGUUUUGCAUCCAAAGAAGGGGAUGUAUGCAGGCCUUGGUUUAGUGCCUGCUCCUAAAGAUGCACUGAGGUAAGAAUUGAACAGAGGCCAGAGAACUACAUAGCUGAGAGAUGACAAGUAAACCAACAGAUUCCAUUGCUUCAAUAACAUGGAUUCCUGGCAUUUCUUCACUGAUCCUGUUUUAAAAGCAGGUGUUUAGCAAUUUCAAAGGACACUGCCUUUCAGUGCGUGGCUGUAUUAAUUCCCAUCUCCAAAGAGAAUUGCCUAUCCUCUGAGUUGUCUUACCCUGUUUUAUUCUGAGGACAGAUUUGUUCAUGUGCACUAGACUAACACUGGGAGUUUUAUUUUUUAACAAUAUAUUUUUAGCAUUAAUUAAUAUUUGUACCUUUCAAAACAGUUUGAUAGCAUAUUUACAGUAUUACUAUGUUCUUAGUAUUUGUGAAUUGUGUGUUGUGUUGUGACUUUUUGUUGUCUGGACAGUGAGGCAGAUGGCUUGGACAAUGGCAAAUCCUGAGAAUGUUUUCUUGAUCAAGUUAUUUAGGCAUGUGUGAAGCACUUUAAAUAUUUGAUACAGUGGCAUGCAAAAGUUCAGGCACCCCAGUCAAAAUUUCUGUUACUGUGAAUAAUUAAGUGAAUAGAAGAUGAACUAAUCUCCAAAAGUCAUAAAGUUAAAGAUGAAACAUUCUUUUCAACAUUUUAAGGAUUUUUGUUUUGUACAAUAUUAGAGUGAAAAAAAGGAAAGGAACACCAUGCAAAAGUUUGGGCACCCCAGGAGAUUUGAGCUCUCAGAUAACUUUUACCAAGGCCUCAGACCUUAAUUAGCUUGUUAGGGCUACGGCUUGUUCACAGUCAUCAUUAGGAAAGGCCAGGUGAUGCAAAUUUCAAAGCUUUAUAAAUACCCUGACUCCUCAAACCUUAUUCCAACAAUCAGCAGCCAUGGGCUCCUCUAAGCAGCUGCCUAGCACGCUGAAAAUUAAAAUAAAUGAUGCCCACAAAAUAGGAGAAGGCUAUAAGAAGAUAGCAAAGUGUUUUCAGGUUGCCGUUUCCUCAGUUCAUAAUGUAAUUGAGAAAUGGCAGUUAACAGGAAUGGUGGAGGUCAAGUUGAGGUCUGGAAGACCAAGAAAACUUUCCAAGAGAACUGCUCAUAGGAUUGCUAGAAAGGCAAAUCAAAACCCCCGUUUAACAGCAAAAGACCUUCAGGAAGAUUUAGCAGACCCUGGAGUGGUGGUACACUGUUCUACUGUGCAGCGACACCUGCAGAAGUAUGACCUUCAUGGAAGAGUCAUCAGAAGAAACCCUUUCCUGCGUCCUCACCACAAAAUUCAGCGUCAGAAGUUUGCAAAGGAACAUCUAAACAAGCCUGAUGCAUUUUGGAAACAAGUCCUGUAGACUGAUGAAGUUAAAAUAGAACUUUUUGGCCACAAUGACCAAAGGUAUGUUUGGAGAAAAAAAGGUGCAGAACUUCAUGAAGAGAAUGCCUCUCCAACUGUUAAGCACGGGAGUGGAUCGAUCAUGCUUUGGGCUUGUGUUGCAGCCAGUGGCAUGGGGAACAUUUACUGGUAGAGGGAAGGAUGAAUUCAAUUAAAUACCAGCAAAUUCUGGAAGCAAACAUCACACUGUAAAAAAGCUGAAGAUGAAAAGAGGAUGGCUUCUACAACAGGAUAAUGAUCCUAAACACACCUCAAAAUCCACAAUAGACUACUUCAAGAGGCGCAAGCUGAUGGUUUUGCCAUGGCCCUCACAGUCCCCCGACCUAAACAUCAUUGAGAAUCUGUGGAUAGACCUCAAAAGGGCAGUGCAUGCAGGAUGGCCCAAGAAUCUCACAGAACUAGAAGCCUUUUGCAGGGAAGAAUGGGCGAAAAUCCCCCAAACAAGAAUUGAAAAACUCUUAGCUGGCUACAGAAAGCGUUUACAAGCUGUGAUACUUGCCAAAGGGGGUGUUACUAAGUACUGACCAUGCAGGGUGCCCAAACUUUUUCUUUGGGCCUUUUUUCUUUUUUGUUAUUUUAUUUGGAAAUAAAAAAGUAAUCUUGCUUAAAAUAAUUAAAGGAAUGUGUCAUCUUUAACUUUAUGCCUUUUGGAAAUCAGGUCAUCUUUUACUCGCUUAGCUAUUCACAGUAACAUAAAUUUUGACCAGGGGUGUCCAAACUUUUGCAUGCCGCUGUGUAUCUCAAAUCCUUUGUCAAGAUAUGCACUGCUUUGGUAUUCUCUGUAAAUCUAUCAUAUCCCAGAGAUUUCCACUCCUGCUUACAUUUGGUAAGUCCAAACUUGGGAAGAAGUCUGACUGAGCUUUGCACAUAAAACAGGAAUGAAACCAGUUACUCUGCUGUUGACCUAAGGGGUUAUCUAGCGUAGACAGGUACAACAGUUACUAUGAGAUCAAGGGCUCAUGGUGACAGUUUAAGAUCGAUGAGGUAAUGUUAUAGCUCUAUAAAACACUGGUUUGGCCAUACUAGGGAUAUUGUGUUCAUUUCUGGUUCACCUCAUUAUAGGAAAGCUGUGGAAACUUUAAAGAGGGUGCAGAAGAGAUUAACCAGGAUGCUGCCUGAAUUAGAGAGCAUGUCUUAUGAGGAAAGGCUGAAGGAGCUGGACUUUUCUCUUUUGGAGGGAAGGCAGAUGAGAGGUGAAUUAGUAGAAGUAUACAAGAUGAUAAGAGGCAUGGGUUCAGCGGAUAGCCAGAGACUUUUUUCCCAGGUUGGAAAUGGCUAAUACAAGGGAAUGUCAGAGAGUGACGGAUGUGUGGAACACUCUGUCAAGGGUGGGGGUAGGUAGGCACAUGGAUGAUAGAAACAUGGAGGACCAUGUAAGAAGGAAGGAUUAGAUUGUUCUUAAUGUAGGUUAAAAAGUCGACACAACAUUGUGUGCUGAAAGGCCUGGUGUCUCUGCCGUACAGCUCUUCCUCUUCAAGGAACCUCAUCUGCACCUGAUCCAUUUCCAAGCCAGACAGUGGAAACGCAGCAAUUCAACUGAUCAGUGAAAUCUCUCCUGAAAAUGACCUCCUCCAUUCUUUCCUCACUGUCAUUUUAACAACAAUUUGAAGGGUAAAAAUUCUUAAACAUGGUUGUCAUAAUUAUGUAGCAAAAAAGAUACACGAUGGAGUCCCACACCUCAUAGUCCGUCUGAUAGCUUCCAACUGACAGCAUGUACAUCAGUUUCUCCAACUUCCAGCAAUUUCUUCCCCCCUCUCCCUUCUCUCUUUUUCCAUUCCCCAUUCUGGCCCCCCUCUUUAUCGCUUUGCUUCUCUUUAUCUGUCCCUCCUCUUUAAAUGUGUGUCCUCUAGUAUUUGACAUUUCUGCCUUGGCAAAAAAGACUGCCUACCCUAUCUGUGUGUGCCUCUCAUAAUUCUAAAAGCUUCUGUCAGUCUGCUCUCAGCCUGUGACAGUGUUUUAGCCAGGUAGGAAUGAAUCUAUGGAAUGCUCUGCACAGACUGUGGUGGAGGCCAUGGGUAGAAGUUGAUCAAUUCCUGAUUGGUCAGGGCAUCAAAGGGUAUGGCGACUGGCAGGUGUAUGGGGUUGAGCAGGAUCCGGGAUCAGCCAUGAUGGAAUGGCAGAGCAGACUCGAUGGGCUGAAUGGUCUGAUUCUGCUCCUACUCUUAUGGUCUAAAGAACCUGAGUUCAGAAAACAUUUUGCUGCUCAGACGUUCUAUUCCACUAGCAACCUGGUGAAACCUCUUUUGCAUGGUAUAAUGGGAUUUCAUGUGAUCUAACCUUCCAGGUCAGUCUACUAUGUGGAAGCUCUUCAACAGUCUUACUGAAGGGUAACCACAAUUCUACUAAAGCUAUCCCCAACUACAUCGUCAGGGUACAUAGAACGGUACGGGUUCUUGCCCCACAAUGGUGUGCUGACCUUUUAACAUAGUCCUCCAUUUUCUUUCAUCCUUGGGUAGUUACAGUUACUAACUCCGGAUUAUUUAACUAAUUAGAACACAAUAGUGUGAUGACCUUUUAACCUACGCCAACCUUCCCUCCUACAUAACCCUCCAUUUUUUUCUAUCAACCAUGUGCCUAUCUACAAGUUUCUUAAAUGCUCCAAAUUUUACACUAAUUAAAUUUACAUUUCUCUGCUGUCAACCUAAUUAGAUCGCUUCCUCUGGAUUAUUAGUGCAGUAAUUUAACCAUUGAACUACCACACUCCUGCCCAGCAGUCACCCCCCUCCCCCAUCCCCAUAACCCAUUACUUGCUUUGUCCAAAGUGGAACAAACUGUAACAAAAUUAUUUCCAUUCCUCACCUAGUGAUCGUGCAAACUUGAAGGCAGCCUUUGUCAGACUCGACAGUAGUUACGUGCAUAUUUGGUGGUAACUACGGGCAAGAGUGACUUGGGUUUUAUAAUAUGGAAGUAGAAAUUUAAUUAAACGGUGGAACAUUUUAACAAUGAGUUCGAUUGUCAAAGUUUUAGAGGUGUGUUGGGGGAAGGGAGAUAUAUUGUGAAUAGCUACUGUACUUAUUUAAUAUGGCUUGAUGUAUGAGUAGUUUCUAUAAUACAUAUUGUACACGUGCACACACUCUUAAGUUGUAACAGGCAAAACAAACCACACAGCAAUGCUUGUGUGUUGUGCAGGUUAUUUCUCCUGAGACAACGUGAGUCACACACACUGUGGAAAUCCUCCUUUAUGCAACACAAGACUGUACCUGUAUGUUAUCUAUUCAACCGUCUGUUCAAAAAUAGUCUCUAUCUUCUAGCUGGGCUAGGAAUUGAAAGUGUUGAAGCUUUUCUGUGUAGAACCUUGACAACAACGAGUCGGUAGCGAAGAUUUUUAAAUCAAAGUGGAAUGCCAAAGUACUGAAUUUUUCAUCCGUCGCUGUACAUAUAUAUCACUCAGGCCUGGAGAGAAAUAUUAGCUUGUUAUAUGUAAUAUAGUGGUGGUGGUGGUGGUAGUUAGGGGCAUAUUUACAAGAGUGACAUGGUUUUUAUAAUAUGGUUUAUUUAUUGUAGAGAUGAUCAAAUCAGGAUUAUUUUAAUAUUGCGAGAGGGAGAGUUUAUAAACUUGGUGUCAUAACGGAAGCAACUAUCCCUGUGUUUUUAGGGAAUAUACUGAUAAGUUGUAUCAACUUGAAAACUCGCGUCAGAUGGUAGAGAGAACUGUGCUCUGUAAACUAAUACUUUUACGAACUGGUGCAAUGUUUGGCCUGUACGAAUACGCUGGCUUCAGUUUCAUUCAGUUUUAAACUAAGGAUUACAAUUGUAAACAAGGGCUCACACUUUCAGAGACAUUUGUGUGAAUAAAUGUACUUGCUACUGUCUGUUUUUGAAAUGAAAUAAACUCACCAAUAGAAUGAAAGAAGUGUGUUAGUUUUUUUUAUUUGCAGUCUUCUUUCAUCUACUGUUAGUGUGGCUGAAAACUGGUGCAGCUGCUCCCCCUGGUGGGAGCAGCGCAGCGA